AUGCCGGAAGCCUGCAGUGCUGCAGAUUGCAACAAUCAAGGCGUUUGUAUUGGCACCAAACAGUUACCGUUUUGCUUAUGUAACCUUGGCAGGAUUGGCGUGUACUGUGAAAGUACUGUCACCGAUCUAACGAACGUCGAUCCAAAUGCACCGAUCGCCAUAUGCUCUCCGAGUGACUGUAACAAUAAGGGUUUAUGCUUUGGCACGAAGAACUCAUUUAUCUGCGCUUGCCAUAUCGGUUACACUGGUUCCACAUGUGAAAAGACUCCAUUCACACUGUGCGAUCCUCGUGACUGCAAUUCCAAUGGAAUCUGUAUCGGUACGAAGAAAAAAUUUACUUGUGCUUGUCACCUUGGAUAUUCGGGCGAGCGAUGUGAAACCAUAACGGGCACGAUAUGCGAGAUGGCUGACUGCAACUCAGCCGGUCUUUGCAUUGGAACCAAGUCGAAGUUUAGUUGCAUUUGUAGUGCUGGCUAUAGUGGUGAUCGAUGCCAGACACGAAUUGGAGUUCUGCCUGGAUUCGAAGGUGCUGUCUGCGAAACAAAGGACUGUAGUGGGAACGGCAUUUGCUUAGGUUCCAAACUCGCUCCAUUAUGUUUGUGUGCACCGGGUUUUUUUGGAAUUCGAUGCGAACUUGAACCGCUAUGCAACUCGCUUCUACACUGCUCUGGCAAUGGAAUAUGCGUAGGCACAAUCAAGUCGUUCACUUGCAUUUGCAACCUUGGCUGGACCGGUGUAACUUGUGCUCAGUCAACACUGCUUGGAUAG